ACCGCCGUAAAAUGAUCACUUGGCUCCAAGAGCCCCUUCGUGCUUUAAUCGGUUCUCUGGAAUAAAAAGGACUCGAUCGUUUCCUUUCUUUACCCUUUUCUUUUCGUCCGACCAAAUCCAAGUGUCUCCCGUCCUCCUCCUCCUCCUCCUCCUCCUCCGUCCCCAACCUCUCACCCUUUCCGUUAGCUUCCAUCCCGACCAAAUCCACUUCUGUAUAGGCGCGGGGACAUGGAAGCGAGCCAGCUCACCGUCGCGACGGCAUUCUCGGACUCGGACAACGGCAGCAGCGUCUGCUUUGGCGACGCCGUCCCCGCACCGGCGGACUCCGCGGCAGCCGACUUGGAGGCCUUCCGCCGCCUCUCCGACAACCUGGGCUCCGUCUUCCAGUCGCCGGACUUUGAAUUCUGCGCCGACGCCCGCAUCGCCGUCGCCGGCAGCCCCCCGCGCGAGGUCGGCGCACACCGCUGCGUGCUCUCCGCCCGGAGCCCCUUCUUCCGCGAGGUGUUCGCGAAGCGGGAGAAGGGGGCGCCGGCGAAGCUGGAGCUCAGGGAGCUGGUGAGGGACUUCGAGGUCGGGUACGAGGCCCUGGUGGCGGUCGUGGGGUACCUCUACAGCGGGAGGGUGGGACCGCUCCCGAGAGUGGUCUGCACGUGCGUCGACGAGGAGUGUUCUCACGGCGGCUGCCGGCCCGCCGUUGAUUUCACGCUCGAGGUGCUCUAUGCUUCCUUCACCUUCCAGAUCUCCGAGCUGGUCAACCUCUUCCAGCGACACCUUCUUGAUAUUCUUGAAAAGGUGGCUAUAGAUGACAUACCGGCGAUUCUAAAUGUUGCAAAACUAUGCAGCAAGUCUUGUGCCAAAUUGCUUACCAAAUGCAUUGAAAUAAUAGUGAAGUCAGACCUGGACACUGUGACACUUGACAAGGCAUUGCCUCCAGAUAUUGUCAAGCAAAUAAUAGAUUCACGGUUAAGUUUUGGAUUAGUUGGACCUGAAAGCAGGGACUUUCCUGAUAAACAUGCAAAGAGAAUACACAGAGCUCUUGAUUCAGAUGAUGUUGAAUUAGUUAGAAUGUUGCUAAAGGAGGGGCACACCUCCUUAGAUGAUUCAUAUGCACUGCAUUAUGCUGUAGCACAUUGUGACUCAAAAAUCACUACAGAGCUUCUGGAUCUUGGACUUGCAGAUGUUAAUCACAGAAAUCCAAGGGGUUAUACUGUACUUCACAUAGCUGCGAUGCGUAAAGAACCAAAAAUUAUUGUUUCCCUUCUAACAAAGGGAGCUAGACCAUCUGAUCUAACAUUAGAUGGAAGAAAAGCACUUCAAAUCUCGAAGAGACUUACCAAGUCUGUGGAUUACAAUAGGUAUACUGAAGAAGGAAAAGCCUCUCCCAAGGAUCGGUUGUGCAUUGAAAUAUUAGAGCAAGCUGAAAGAAGGUACCCACAAAUAGGAGAAGCCUCUGUUUCUCUUGCAAUGGCAGGUGAUGACUUGCGUGGAAGAUUGUUAUACCUUGAGAACCGAGUUGCUCUAGCAAAGGUUUUAUUCCCCACGGAGGCAAAAGUUGCCAUGGACAUUGCUCAAGUGGAUGGGACUUUGGAGUUUACCCUAGGUUGUACUCCAAACCGUUCAACCACAAACCAGAAGACAUCAGUGGAUUUGAACGAAACACCUUUCAAGAUCAAGGACGAGCAUCUUGCUCGAAUGCGAGCACUCUCUAGAACAGUGGAACUCGGUAAGCGUUUCUUCCCACGGUGCUCAGAGGUCCUCAACAAGAUCAUGGAUGAUGACUAUUCAGAGCUCACUUCUCUUGGGCAAGAUGCCUCAGAAGAGAAGAGGAAGAGAUACCUCGAGCUGCAAGAUGUGCUGACGAAAGCAUUUAGCGAGGACAAGGAGGAAUUUGAUAGGUCUACCAUGUCAUCCUCAUCGUCAACAUCGCGGUCAAGAAAAUGAAGUUCGCAUCCAGUGGUGUUUUUGUUUGUUAUAUUUGUAGUGUUCUCCUUUCCCUGCUUUUCUUCUCUGAAGUUCUCUUUGUUCACUGGCUUGUUCUCCUAAAGCUGCACUUGGGUGGUUGACGGAUGCAAGUAAUUGCCUAUGCUCGUGCCCCUCCACUUUGUGAUUGCCUUCUCAAAUUAAAAAAAUCGGAGAAUCAGAUUUAAGUAGGUCCUGUUUCUAGGUAGGACUGCUGAAGGAGAGAUGCACAGGCCUACUUGAGAUCCUCUCUCUGUGUUUUCUUCUUUUUGAUGGAAGGGGAGGCUUGGUCCCCCAAAAAUAUGUACCAUGACAGAGCUUGUGUUGAAGAGACAAAGAAUGCACAUAGAUCUAGAUUUCAGAUCCAACAGGAAAGAGGAAGUGCGAAAUGGCAAGAGCAACCGAACCUGAAGCAAGGAAGAUGAAAACUCUGAAGGUGUUUGAAAGCAGCGGCAUGAGAGAUGCGAAGGAAUUCGAUGAAGACUCGGCUGAACCAUCUUAAGAAAUUUUAGGCCCAAAUAAAUGGUCUGAACGUCUGACAAAUUACUAUAUUAGUUAUAUAUAAUACUAAUUUUAUCAUAUAUUUUCAAUUUCUCAACUCUGACACGUGAAAUCUAACAUUAUUCUCAGGUGGUUGAUGGAUGUAAAUAAUCACGUACACUUUUGCACCACAAGCUUCUGAUUGUCUUCUCAAAUUUCCGUGACCGAAACCAGCCCGGCCUCUUUACGGUAAAAUAUGAGCAACUUGCUGGAUCCAAGAGAAUCUACUAGUUUUUGUCAUUUCACUGUAGGAAGAAUUGACGACGCACAGCUAUAAUUAAAGCCAUCUCCGAUUUGGAAACUCGGUUUUCAUGCUAACCGCGAUCCUGAUUGACCCAGACAUGCUGAUGAAUUCGUUGGAUAUGGAUCCAAAAUCAGACUCAUCGAAAAUUGUUGAGUGGAUUUUAAAUUUGAGGAUUUUAGAUAUGAGUUAAUGGGAUAGAACAAAAACAAUCACAUGUUAGAACAUAUUCAAUUAUUUACACAUGAUGUUAGAUUAAGUUCAACCAAUCCUUAAUAUAUUAACUAUCAAGUGUUUGUUGUG